AUGGAGUAUAAAAAAACGAAGAGGACCAACCAGUACCUCUUUGAAGGGAGCAGACACCAGGCUAAGAGGCAGAAGAUAAACGUGAACGCAGACUGCAAGGGGAUCCUGAUCUCGACGCUGAGCCCCAAGCGAAUGACCGUAGGCAUAAAGGAAUUUUUGAAUUUCCUGAAGGUCCACUUUCCCAGUGAGGCAGGUGAAGCGCCGGUGAAGCAGCAGAAGGAGGAGCAGUCGCAGAAGGAGGACAAACUGAACGGGGAGCAAGCGGAACCAGAAGGACAGCCAGGCCGCAUGGAAAAACAACUUAAUGACGAAAUUGAGAAGGAAAAUAUGGAGUACAACCGCUUUGCCCCGCUUCGAAAUAUAGUAAAAAAUUUCACCUUCAUAAAAUUUAAUAACAUAAGUGAGAAGAACCCAUCGGACAUUGUCCAGAAAAUCUUCAUCUUAGCUCACAACAGGAAGGAAAAGUAUAUUCUCCGACACCUCUGUAAAAUUAUUCCACUAGACUGCAUCUGCAAGCCACACUUGUCUCCCUUCAUAAAGGCCAUUCUGCCACUUGUGAAGAAAAACUUUCCUGACGGGACGUGCGUGCAGGAGAGUUUCACCGUUGGCCAUUUAUCCAAGAUGAUGAACGUCUCGGCGGAGGAGGGUGAAAAGGGGGAAGGUGAGAAGGAGGAAGGUGAAAAGGACCAGGGUGAGAAGAAGGAAGACCAGACGAAGGAAGAUCAGACGAAGGAAGAUAAGACGAAGGAAGACCAGACGAAGGAAGAUCAGACGAAGGAAGAUAAGACGAAGGAAGACCAGACGAAGGAGAUCCACGCUAAGGAAGAGACAACGCCAAGUGAGAACAAACACACCGCGGGAAAGAAGGUUUCCUGGGCCCUGAUCUACAAAUGCUCUAACACGAAGACUCUGAUGAAAAAAGACGUUCUGACCGUGCUCGACAAAUGCAUAGGAAGCAACUAUUCUGUUAAUUUGGGUACCCCUGACUUGGCCGUGGUGGUUCACGUGACAGAGAUAAUGUGCGGAAUUAGUAUCGUGAGAGGUUACGAAAAGACGAGGAAGUUUAACAUCGCGGCGUUCAACGAGGAUUCCUGA